AUGUCGAACAAAGCCGCCGCUGAAGCCAAAGCCAAGGGUAACGCCUUCUUCCUGAAGAAGCAGUACCCCGAAGCCAUCGAAUGGUACACCAAGGCCAUUAAGGCCGACCCCAAUGACUCCACCUUCUACUCCAACCGGUGCGCUGCGUACAUGGGCCUUGAUAAGUUCAACGAGGCGCUCGGUGAUGCUGAGAUGUGCAUCAAGCUGCAGCCCGCUUGGGUCAAGGGAUGGUACCGCAAGGGUGCUGCCCUGAUGUCUCUUAGCCGCUAUGAGGAAGCUGCCAUGGCCUUCAGGAAGGGCGUUGAAUACGAGCCUCAGAAUGACGAUCUGAAGCAGAAGCUCGAGGAUGCCGAGAGGCAGGCCAAGUAUGCCCCCAAGAGGUUCCGGGAGGACGGCUCUGCUCUCAACGCCGCCGAGCUCGCCAAGGAGGAGGGCAAUGCUCUCUUCCGUCACGCCAAGUACGAGCAGGCUAUUGACAAGUACACCAGGGCCAUCACGCUUGCCUCGACCGAGGAGGAGAAGGCCACCUACUACACUAACAGGGCCACCUGCUAUGCUCAGCUGCACCAUUUCAAGGAGGUGGUGGACGACACUACUGCGGCGAUCAACAUCAAGCCCUCUUCCAAGGCUUAUCUCCGUCGCGGCCUUGCCCUCGAGAGCCUGGAGAAGUACAAGCUCGCUCUGGAGGACAUGAAGAAGGUGCUGGAGCUGGACCCUAGCGCGAUGGUGGCUUCGCAGGCGAUCCACAGGCUCACGCGUGCCGUCAACAACUUGUAA